AGAUAUUCUUCCCUUUUCGCAACAUCGUCACUGUCCCAGCCCCAUCAGCUAGGCGUGUGAGAACUGCAGUAGCACCAGUAGCACUAGUAGCAUCUACUUUUAAGUACCAGAUUCAGUUUCUUUUGUCACAGAGGGAAAUUCGCCCACAAGUGGAAACAACAAAACAUCAUCAUCGUUAAUCAAUCACACAGCGAUCAAAAAGCAAGCUGUGCCCAUUCAUCUACGUGAAAGCGCAUCAAUCAAAGUGAUCGUGGAUGGAAGCAGUGCAGCCCACGUAAACUGCAAAAGCUUGGUAUUUUUUGCAAUCUGGCGUCGAGAAACGAAACUGUUUUUUUUCAUUUUGUGAGCGAUUUUGUAUAGCCUUUCGAGUUGAAUCGUGUUCUUAUUAGUAGUGUCCAAAGGUGUUAUUCCCGUGUGCUAAUUAAAAUUAAAAAACUUGGAAAGUGUUCCAUCGAUUUCGUACUGAAGUGAAAGCGUGUCUUUAUUUUUUUAGCAAAAAAUUAAGUUACAUUGUUUACAUUCACUCGUAUAAACUAACAAAGGGUUUACCCGAUAAAUCGCUCAAAAAUUGCCCGACAGCUGCACAAACCCCCGACGAAUCUAGCUCUAGAUUCUAGCAGCAGUACCAGCAGGAGAAGGAAUCACGAAAUCACAGCAGCAAUUAUGGCGUCUCUGCUGGAGGAGGAGCAAAGCCUACGCGAGUGCGAGGCCUACAUCCAAACGCACCGAAUCCAGCGAGUUCUCAAGGACUGCAUCGUGCAGCUCUGCGUUGCCCGCCCGGACAAUCCGAUAUCCUUCCUGCGGCAGUACUUUCAGAACCUGGAAAGGGAGCAGGCAAAAUUGGACGCCAGCAAACAGGCCGCCAGCCCGGACGACCUGGACGAUCUUAGUCCGAUGCCACAAACGACCGUUCCGCCGGUACGGCGGCGCGGUGGAAUCUCAGCCGAGCCAGUUAGCGAAGAGGAUGCCACGAGCUACGUAAAGAAGGUCGUCCCCAAGGACUACAAAACGAUGGCUGCCUUGUCGAAGGCGAUCGCCAAGAAUGUACUUUUCUCCCACCUGGACGAGAACGAACGGUCGGAUAUCUUCGACGCAAUGUUUCCGUGCAAUUUCCUCCCCGGCGAAUCGAUCAUCCAGCAAGGCGACGAGGGAGACAACUUCUACGUUAUCGACAUCGGUGAAGUGGAGGUAUUUGUAAAUAACGAACAGGUGACGACAAUCGGUGAGGGCGGCAGUUUCGGUGAGUUGGCGCUGAUCUACGGAACUCCACGAGCCGCCACGGUACGUGCCAAAACUGACGUAAAGCUGUGGGGUAUCGACCGAGACAGCUAUCGGCGAAUUUUGAUGGGUUCUACUAUACGGAAGCGAAAGAUGUACGAGGAAUUUUUGUCGCGAGUUUCGAUUCUGGAGAGUUUAGACAAAUGGGAACGCCUCACCGUUGCGGAUGCAUUGGAACCGGUAACUUUCGAGGAUGGAGAAACGAUCGUGAAGCAGGGUGAGCCAGGAAACGAUUUCUACAUCAUCGUUGAGGGCUGUGCCACCGUACGACAGAAGCGAGACGAGAAAGAAGAACCCGCCGAAGUUGGCCGUCUGGGCCCGAGUGACUACUUUGGAGAGAUCGCCCUGCUGCUGGAUCGUCCGCGGGCCGCUACCGUCAUUGCUCGGGGUUCGCUGAAGUGUGUCAAACUGGAUCGCGCUCGCUUCGAGCGGGUGCUUGGCCUAUGCGCAGACAUUCUCAAACGAAACAUUACACAGUACAACAGCUUUGUGUCGCUAUCGGUCUAAAUAUCCAAUCACACGAGCAGAGCAUUAAAUAUCAAACAACAAAAAACUACAAACUGUAUGGGAAAAAUAACAGCGAUGCAGUGGACAAAACUUAGUUAAACUGAUUAAUUAAUAUGCCAGCACACAGCUCUUUUGUCGAUAAAUUGCCUCUCAAAGGAAUCCCGAAAUAGAUUUUCUAUUUGCAUAUGUUAGUUUUGACACAACAUUUACUUAACAAAAUAAUGACCUAUAUUUAAUUAAACUGAUAGCACACAUUUAAUGUAAUAUUUCUUAGCUUCACUUUUGUUCAUUUAGUUUAAUCAUUUAGUCAAGUAGCUUGUUAUUAAAAUUAUACAAAAUUAUCUUAAAGGGGGACAAACUUAAACAAAACGUAAUUAGCCGCGUAUUUACUGCAGUUGUCUUAUUCUCAUUGUAACAUUUAUUAGUGUAUAUUUGGAUUGUAUAUGUAAUGGAACAACAGAAAGAACAAAAAAAACUAUGUAUAAAAAAUAUAUUGUAGCUCGAGCAACUGCAUGAAAAUACAUUUGAACAACAUUGUGAUGAGUGAUCAUCAUCAAGAUACUAACUAAGAAGAGAUGAAUGAAGGGGUGCAGAAAAUUAAAGCGAAUGUCAGUUCUCUCCUGUUUGUCAUAUGGUAGAAACAUAUGAAAAAAAAAAUCAAAUGUUUAUGUUCGUUAUCCGCAAAAAAAAACACAACUCAGUUUUUUCUGCUGACAAAAGCGUUGAACAAUAAGGCGACAGAAUAGAGAACUAUGAGAGAAAAAACUAUUCCAGCAAAUUAAAUGGUGCGUAACAAACAUUUACUAUAUUAGACACUAACGCUGAUGAAAUGAUGCGAAACUUUAGUAGGACAAAGUGUUCGAUUGUUGUGGUGGAUAAGAGAUAAUAGAACCGUGAUGCUCUACGGCGAAAUGAGGGAAAAUCAGAUGCCGUCAGGAAAUGCCAACUUUUUUAGGGAAAUUAUUGCUUAAAGUUACAUUACAUUACAAAUGCAUCAUUAGCAGAAACGAACGACAAACUCAUACUCAAGCAUGCAAGCAUUCAACAACCACAAAAAAAAUCAUUGACAAAAAUGAUGCAGACAGAGUUAGACGUUGAGCGAACUUUUUUGGACGUCUCUAGUAGUGUGAAAAGAAAAUGGCCAAGAAAUUGUAGGUGGGCAUAGGUGAUAGGUUUGCUCUCCAUAUUAAUUGUUAAAUGUAUGACAAAAUGGUUGGGUACUGUUUAUGUACACUCAAUACAUAGGUGUAAACAGAUGUUGGAACAGUGUAACUAUCCAACGCUGCUUCAGGUGGAUGUUUUAUCGAUCGCUUCAAUCACUUGUUUCUAUUUUCUUGGCUCCAUCAGAGAAUAGAUAUAUUUUGCCGUACCCUCACGUUUUGGUAAUAGAUCCGUAAAGGUUACAUAUGCACUCGAAUUUUGCACAAUUUGAUCAAAAUCCUAUCUUUACAAGGUAAACCAACAAAUCUCUCUUCUUUCUAUCAAUGUUUAGCAGUGCCGUUCAAAUGACAACAUGUUAACAUGUGAAGAGGAUCUUGUACGCAAAGAUGCUGAAUCAAUAAAAAGAAGAAGAAAAACGAACACUAUUUUUAAUCUACAAGCUGGAAUCUUCUUGCUUUCACAUGCGUACUGAUUCCAACUACAUUUAUCUAUAUACAGACUAACAUAAUUAUAUACUGUAGUGAGAAUCGACUAGAGCAAGCAAGAAAUUUUAACAUCUAUACUUUAUAUUUACUAACCCGAAUAUGUUCUCAUAAAACGAUGUUGAAAUUUAUAAAUAUUUUUAGUAGCGAACGAAAGGGAGUGAGUGCUGACACGUUAGCACCGGCUAGAAACGAAGGCAAAAAAGGCUGGACCUUUUCAAAAGUACACAGAUAGCUAACUUGACCUACCCGGUUAUCUUCAGGUAGAAUCGUUGACUCAAUAGAUUUGCUUCGUUACUCUGUUACAACAUGCAAUGUGUAUUAUCCUAUUAUUCGGUUGGGUGUAAGGCUGUGCGAGAUUUCGAAUGAUUUCGUAUAAUUUCGCAAAACUCGAAAUUUCCCGAAAUUUCGCGAAAUUUCGGUUUCGCGAAAUUGCCGAAAAAUUUCGUUGAAUUUCGCUAAAUUCCGCCUAAAAUUUCGCGAAAUUAAAGUUCCAAUUUCGACGAUUACGAAAUUUCGCGAAAUUUCGGACCAAAUUCCCGAUGCACAUUAUUACAUUAUUUUGGUUUGUGCUCAUUGCGACUAUAAAUUAAAUUGAAUAUAUCUCAACAGAUAUCUGGUAUACUAAGUCAGUUAUAGAAGAAUAAACUCUCAGCCGGUAAUUUUUGUUUUCAAAGACAAAACCGUAACAUCAUGCGGGAGGUAUUUUUUAUUCACGCAGAGCAUAAAAUUCAUGUCAUCACUGAAGUCAAAUUCGAGGAAUAUGAAGCCGUCCAAAUGCGCUACAAGGUAUCUAGUAAUUUGUUUGUAGGAAUAAAUUUUACGCAUCUUUUACGUACAUCAAAAUGUGGUUAUAUUUGCAGCCCACAAGGUUAAAGAGGUCACUUUUUGUCUUUCGUUUAGGAGGGCAUAGCAAUUUCUGUCAAAACUAAAGCUCUGAAGCUCUAUCUUACAGGCCAAAUGUUCUAUGCUACUCGACUUGUAAAAAUUUUCAAGCGUUUUUUCGGAUUUCUCUGUGUUAGAGGACUCCUCUUCGCACACCGUAGUGUAUUUAAACGUGUUUUAUCAGAUAGUUCAUUGCUAUCACUAGGCUUACCAGAUAUCAUGCCUUAUAGUGUGCAGACAGAGUGAUCGAUGUGUUAAGCAGAAAAAGUUGUAAUUGCCUGAAUUUUUAGUAUUGUUUCAAAACACUCUGACUUCAAAGUCAGCAUAAGUUUCAAAAUUGCCAGGUACCUUAUCAAAAAUAUUUUAAACGUGUUAUCAAAAGAGUAUACUUGAUCAAUUAAUGAAUAAAAAGUAAAUGGUUCGCUAUCGUUGAACACAUAAUUGAGAAAUGUUACUCUUGUUUAGGGGACACACAAUUUUACAAUGUCAAAAACAAGUUCAGAUUAUGGCAUAGAAGUGAUUCUGACUUUGCACUUGACGAAUAUACAAGGUAGAAGAAAAGAAAGGUUAGAAAGAACGAGAAAUAAGAGAACGAGGAUGAUUUCGAAUAACUUGAUUGAGUAAAGAGAAAACUAUUUGUUUGUUGCAUUACAACAUUCCAUUCUAACUGUUGAUUGGUUGAAAGAGAAAUAAUUUUUGGUUUGUUUCAAAGGGGCCGUUCCCAAACACGUAGUCAUAUAUAGGAAGACGGGGGGUGGCUUAUCAAAAGACCACGAAAAAUCCCCCCGCGUGCGGGUUAACGAAUAGACCACGUAGUCUUUUUUCUGACUUAUAAUUUAUUAUUGCCACUAAGUCAAGUCGAAGCUUUCGCAAUUUUUUAAUUAAUAUAUUUAUUUGACACGACUAAUUAAUAAGUGUCACGGAAAGUUUGAGAGUUGUCAGCAAUUAACUGUAAUCAAAUUUUUGAAACAUAUUUCAAAUUUAUCCGAUCGAAGAAAAAUUUUUUUUGUUUUAAACAGACUUCUUUAGAAUAAUAGUUCUAUUUUGCAAUGCGUCGGGAUUUAUGUUAUUUUUCCUGAAAGUAUAUUUCAAUACUCAACGACCGGUAGAAAAAUCAACGUUUUGGUCUUAAAAACAAUAUAUAAGACCUGGAUGUUCGUGAACUGAAGGAAGAAAGAAAGAUGUUUAUAUUUUGUUCGACAUUCAAAAACUUUGUAAUUUAUUUCAAGGGAAAUACGGCUUUUUCAGUCUUAGGGGUGUAUCAAAACGCUACUAGGUUUUAUGUCCGACGUUUCGGCCUUUGAACUUGGCCUUCCUAAGGGGAUCUACAAGUUUAUUAAAAACAUUUUAUAAAAAUAGUACAUUUUUUUUCUUCAAAAACUCUGACAUUGUUUUUUUCAAAAAACUUACAUACAGUUGUACCGUUUUUCGUACAAAGCUUUACGAUAGGUUGUCAUAGCUGUCUAUAGGAUCUCUUUCAAAGUACCUAUAUUGAAACGUUAGAGUUAGUUUGAGCUUUACUGCCGCUCAUGGCAAGUCCGUCCCAAUUGCAUUUUUAUCAAUUUUGAGUUUAUUUAUGGAAUCAAUUCCUUUUUAUAUCUACUUUCGAUAAAACAAAUAUUUUUGAAUACUUUGUUCUGAGGAACUGUGAAAAAAAUAGCAAGUUGGUUUGUCCCAUAGCAAAAGUGAUCGCUAGUCGGUCCCAUUGAAAAAAUCUUCGCAAUUUAACCCCACAGCCAAUAAUGAUUAUGAAAAAUGUGAUAUUUACCAAAACUAAUGGUCUUCAGGUUUAGAAUUGGAUGUACCAAGUGAUAUUCGAUAGGAGGUUUGAUUAAAUUUUACGCGUUCUACAUCGUGUGGCUCUAGCUGAUAGUACAAUGUUUUCUUCAAGACAAAGUUUCCACCAGUAGCUUCUUUCAGCUGUUGUUUGUUGACAGUGAACGCUUUAGGUGUGUCACUGUAUUGUUAGUUGAAGCAUUCUUGAGUAAAUACUACUUUUCGUAUUUUAUCCGUAUUUUAUGUAACGACGUGCUUAAGAAUUGUUCAAUUAUUGUCGUGAAUUUCGUUUUGAAGAAUUUGUCAGUCAUAUUAAAUACUUCGGUACGCUACUUAGCUGUUUUUUAACGGAGCAAACAUUUUCCUAAGCUAUAGGUAUUCUUUCAUAUUUGUUUCCACUGCUACGUGAAAGCUGUCCGCCGUCACGAACGUGUGUCCGCUCUCAGGAAAAUUUAGAACAAGUUCCUACACCUAAACUGACUUUGAAUUUAUCAGUAUGUAAAAACAAAAUCUAAUUUUAUUUUGAGCGGCGCAGUUGGUAGGUAUAUUGUGUUAUGCUUCUCACAAAAAAACUUGUUCAAUAAAGCACGAAAGAAGGUCAUUUAUGAAUUGACCAGCGAUAGAUUCAUUCCAAACGCACGGUAUAGCACCGCCAUCGAUUUGCAGUAGUUUGUUUUUCAUCACCGGUCGUAGCUGGCUAUGGGACUGACUUGCUAUCAUUCUGGCUACGUACCGUAAAAGUAAUCGCAUGUGAGUCCCAGCUUAUGAUUUUCAACAAAUUUUAAUCAAAUUUAGGUGUUCAUGCAAGUUUUAUGAUGCAAAAGUGUUAGAUUGUCAUUGCAGUACUAAAUUCUGUUGAUGGUAUUGAUUGAAAAAGCAUUUGAGUGCAAAAUUUCACCUGAAGCGUAACGAUUUUCAAUUGCUGUUUUCUCGUCAGCACCAAAACGCAAAUGGGACGGACUUGCUAUGAGCGGCAGUUUAGAGAUUACCUACAAACUUUUACCACAUCACAAAGCACGAUGCGUUGGUGGAUUCAAUUUCUUUUUCUCGGGCUUUUUAUCGCAUCACUCCCCUACGUCCCAGGUUUAAGUAAUGCUAUCGUCAGGUGCCUAAAAGAUGAUUACCCGUUGAUCACUAUGGGGCCGUGUCGACUGGUGUGCCCCAAGGUAGUAACUUGGGGCCAAUUCUUUUUCUGCUGUUUAUUAAUGACCUGGCCAAGUUAGAGCUGCAUGGAAAGUUACGUCUCUUUGCUGACGAUACGUCAGUCUUCUAUCAAGAAACAGAAUGCACCGCUAUCCAGCUUCAAACUAAUUUGAUGUCAAUGAAUCUAUCGAAAACCAAGUAUAUGCUCAUUCACUCGUUCCGCAGAGAACUCCCGGCUCGCGAGCCAAUUGAAAUCGCCAAUCGUGUCAUCGAAGAAGUAUUUGAAUACCCAUUUCUCGGCCUAACGCUAGACAAUAGAAUGAACUGGAAGGCCCAUCUUGAGUCUCUCAAGCGAAAGCUAACAUCACUCUGUGGUAUAUUAAGGAAGGUUUCAUCAUUUUUGCCUUUGGCGACUAUGAAAACACUAUACUUCUCACUAAUCCAUUCUCGGCUCCAGUACCUAGUUGCAACGUGGGGACUGGCUUGCAAAUCUUCUUUGAGAGAGCUACAGGUGAUACAAAACAGAAGCUUGAAAGCCGUGUUCCGGAAACCUCAUCUGUAUCCCACUCAUCUACUAUACGAAGAUCCCAGGGACUCAACCCUACCAAUCCGUGUACCCCAGGAGUAUCAAAUGUUGAUCCACUUGCGAAAUAACAUCACUUCAACCGUUCUUGUCACAAGAAGAAUGCACGAAAACCGCUCAAGCAGACAAACUGGUCACCUGUAUUUGCCACGAUUCAACACGGAAUACGGUCGCAAAAAAUGUCGUACAUUGGUAGCAAACUGUUUAACGACCUCCCCCCAUCAUGUAAAAAUGCCCCCACAACAUAUAUCUUCAAGCGUUGUUUGCGAGCUAUCAUGAAAACGAAAAUACCACAGUAUCUAGCCUAAUUCUGGAUUACACCCGAAUACCACAAAACACUACUCACCAAUGCCUCUGCCGUACGCCGUAACCAGAGCAACGCCAUCAACGCGCGAACCACCAGCACCACCCCACAAUUGUCGACAAGUAUCAUCACCAGCUUCAACUUAUAGUUAACAACAUCGUAUCACACUUCCUUAAAAGAGCAGAUGCUCACUGGAAGUGCAAACUUGUUCUAGCGAUUCAAGUGUAAAAAAUAUAUCGGAAAUAAAUUAAAUUAAAAUUAAAUUAAAAGGUUUCACUUAUUAUCAACUAAAUAUUUUUCUAGAUGAUUUCUAGAUGAGUAUACAAUUUACCAUAACUAUAAGCGAAAAAUUUAUCGUAGAUGAUCAAUCUGCUUAAACAAAUUUUAUUUAUUUUGAUACUCAACAACAAAUUAAAAAUCAUUUUGAAUAUACUCAACAGAAAAGCGUAUUUUAAAUUACUUUCAGGUAAGGAAAUCAUUAUAUUUGUUAAAGACAAUGAAAUAUUAUCAAUAAUUAAACAACCAUUAUCUGUUUGUUAUUUUGGUUUUGAGAAAAUGAUAUUACUGAAAAUUCUAUUUACAAUUUGCGCAAUAUCUAAUAAUCAGUUUUCUUGAACCUUCAUUUUUUUCAUAAAUUUUUCAUACUUUAUUGUACAUAUAUUUGCAGAAUAAGAUCACAAAACAAAAGACCACGAAAGACCACGGAGGAGAAGGGGGGUAUGAAAGGGAUCAAAAUAUGACCACGUAGUUUAGGAAUGGUCCCGAAUGCAUUUUAUUAUUUUGGGCGUCGCAGAAACUCACAGGGCAUAUUUUUUUAGGACAAAAUUAUUUUCUACAACCUUACCAGAGACACUAGUGAUGCCAGUCAAACAAACCGAUUUAGCUGAAAAAAUAAUUUUAAUCUCCAAUUGGACACUCUGUGGGUAAUUAAAAUAUUUUUAUAAUCGAAACAGUUGGUUUGAUUGGCAUAGUGCCUUUGGCAAAGUUAUAGAUAAUAAUAUUGUCCUUCCAAAAAUAAACAUGUUGUAAAUUUUUUUUAAAUUUAAUUUUUCUUUGAUUUCUUCAUCGUUUCGGUAUUUUUUUUUGUAAUUUUUUACACAAAAAAAGAUUUUUGAAAAAUAAGCUUUUUUAUGUUAAUUUUAAUGUUUCUUUUACAUUAAAAAAAUCAAUUUUUCAGAGUUUUUUUUAUCGGAAAGAUAAAAUUACUGUCUAAAACUUUUCCAGAGACGUCACACUGAUCAAAAAACUUUUGGCUCUGAAAAUAUUUAUAAUCACAAUAACCCUCCCAAAAUAGCAUUUUAACUAGCUUCUCAGCCUAUAGAAACGUUUAUGCAAAGUUUAGGCCAAAUCUAAAACGACAAAAAAUAUUGAAACUGAGACAUUUUUUGUGGAACUGCUCAGUUAAAAAGUAAUUUUAAGUUAUAUUUAAAAAAUGUGCAAAAAUAUUGAAAACUUCAAAGUUUACAGAAUAGUUAACUUAAAUUUUAUUUUCCUCGAUUUGAUAAAAAUGUCACUUAGUCUAGUCUGACUAAACGGUGUUAAAUAACACUGGUCGACAAAAGCGAAAAAAAAGUUGCCCUCCAAAGGUUUUACAGCUUUUUAACCAUUCCUGUGAAUUUUGCUGCUUUUAGAGAAUGCAGAAAUGCAUCAGAAGGCCGCCGAGGAAUUGCUUAUCGGAUUCGUCGCUUUUACGUUUGCAUAGGGAACAACUCUUUGGAAAAGUUAUCUUUGCUAGGGACACCAAAACUCACAGGAAUGGUUGAAAACCUACCUACCAUCUCUCAUUUUUUCCAGUUCGAGCUCUAGGACAAAACUUGGAUUUUGAAUGAUGAAAGUGCUAUGAAAGAAGGAUUACUAUUUUAAACAUAGUUGCAUUCAAACCAAAAGAAUCAGUUCAGAAGUUCAUUAAAUUAUUAUUUACAAAGACAUUUCGAGUUUGACCUUUAUAUCAUUUGUAUCUAUCGCGCUACUAUUACCUGCAAUAUAAUCUGUAUAAAUAAAUGCAUCAAGAUUUUAGUUUUUAACAUUUUUGAUUUCCUCGUCAUUGUCGGUUUAUCGAUAACUGAAUACCUACGUUACUCUUCGUCGACCAGGUAAGCACCUUGCGAUCAGCUGUUGAAGGGUACUUCGUUAGCGUACGCUCCAACGUUACAAAUCAUUGUAAUGCUAUGUUUCAGAAACAUUUAUUUUAUUUUUCGAAAUUUCGCGAAAUUUCGCGAAAUUUAGAGACCAAUUUCGUUUCGUCUCGAGAACUCGAAAUCCACCUUGAUUUCGUUUCGACUAAUUUGGCGAAAUCGAAAUUAAGGGUUAAUUUCGUUUCGUUUCGUUUCGACACCAGAAAAGCCAGUUUCGCACACCCCUAGUUGGGUGCAGUAGCUGGGAAUUCGUAAAAUUUGGUUAUUUUUCCCAUUUUGAACAGAUGGAAAGUCAUCCCGGUUGAAAAGAUAGGAAAAUCCUUUUCUUCUCUAUAUUAUUUGUCUAGCUAAAGCAUGCCGAUUGUAGUGUUUUAGAUUUCAAACAUGUCCCAAUAUUUUUUUUUGCGAAUUUUCUCAAUGAGAUAGCAAAGUCAUUUGCCCAGUUCAACCCAAGUAAUAUGGUAGUUUUAGAAAUUGGUACACUGUUGUAUCUUGUAGAAUGACUUCAACGUAUUUGUAUGUAUAGGAAAGAGAUAUUCUUGAGUUCACCGAAUACGUGUAGACUUUACAUGUCUCCUGGAACAGUUCUCGAUUAGCGAGUAGUUUACUAAUGGACAUUCAAUUAAACAGCAGUAGCAAAAGCAAAUCCGCAUUUGGUUGGUACAGUUAGCUCUGUUUGGUUUGUUUUUAUAUUACUUUUUUUCGUAUCUAGGAAAUUCAUUUGAAAGGUUGCAUAAAACUCUAUAUUUGAAAAAACAAUAAUUUCAUUUGUAACUUAGGUUGUAAGCAGAUACGUACCAGAACUAAUAAACAUGAAAAAGAUCA